GGUGGCGCGGUUAUGGUAUUCCAUCUCUAGACGGCCUUUAUCAUCACAAAUCAAAACAAAACGCGAGCAACAAUUGUGUAUAAAUAAAAGACUUUUGGAGCGCCAUUCUUAUUCCAAACUGUACAAUGCAGAACUCAUCGGCCAGGAGUUCUGAGCAGGCUGCACUCCAGUUAAAGAAAAUUGGGUACGCCUUUGAUAAAGAGGGAGUUCUGCGCAAAAUCGAUCCCGCGACAGACGAACCCGGCAAGGAGCCCUAUUCCUAUAACGUCAAAAGCGAUCCCGCCGAAAACGAGAGGCACUACCAGAAUGUGGCCAACCAAAUCCCGGAAAUUGUCUAUGAUCUGUUGGAGAAAAACGGCCUUAGCCGCACUUACAUUCCCUUCGACCAGGCUCCAGAGCGCUCGACGUUCGUCUUUUCCCAACCGUCGAAGCUGUUGCAGUCCAAGAAGCUGCUAGUCCUUAUUCAUGGUAGUGGACUCGUUAAUGCAGGACAAUGGGCCAGAAGUUUAAUUAUUAACAACUCGCUGGACCACGGCUCGCAGCUUCCUUAUGUGCGAAAGGCGCAGAAGCUCGGGUACGAUUUGCUUAUUACCAAUGCUAAUGAUUGUAAGCGAUUCUACAAUGGAAAAGAGAAUCCCAUCAAGGGCGUGGAAACGUCCAGAGACCACAUGAAAUAUGUUUGGGAAAAUAUAGUACUGCCAUCAAAUCCGGAGAGUGUGGCAAUUGUGGGUCACAGCUAUGGUGGUUGUCUCACUUUGGAUCUGGUGGACAACUAUUCGAAAUUCUUUAAAGAAUCUGUUUUUGCGAUUGCCUUUACCGAUGCGGCUAUGGGAAGUCCCCAGGCGAAGAACAGGGAUUACCUGUGCGAAGUGGCCUGCGAUUGGGUCGCCAGCAGCUCACCCUUGGACACUCCCGUCUCUCAGUCAAAUAAAAGCAUCCGGAAGGUUUCUGCUGGACACACCAAGCACGAGUGGACUUCGUACUCGGCCAUCGAUUCUGUUUUUCAGUUUAUUGAGGAAAAGUAUGAGCAGCGGAUGAAUAAGAAGUGACAGCCUCUGGUAAACUUGUGAAAGAAUUUUUGUACUCCCCAUUUUUAGUACACAUCUUGGAGAUGUGAAUAUAAAUUAUAUUUUUACCGCCUGCACACAUCUGA